GCUUCGGAGGUGCCUUCUGCCAGUUGCUUAUUCUCUGCUCCAUUUAGAGUGAUCUCCCUGUCCCCCAAAGCUGAGCUCCUUACUCCAUUUUUUGGACUUCCAGACCAUCAGUCUUCUGGGUGGGAGAGUGAAGAUGCUUAAAGAGCGUCCAGGGAUGGCGGAAGAUCCUCAGCAGCAGAUGGGUGUUCCUGUGGUAAAACUGGAGAAAGAGUUGCCAUGGGGCAGGGGAAGGGAGGACUCUAGUCCUGAGACUUUUCGGCUGAGGUUUCGGCAGUUCCGCUACCAGGAGGCAGCUGGUCCCCAGGAAGCCCUCAGGGAACUCCAGGAGCUCUGUCGCCGGUGGCUGAGGCCCGAGCUGCACACCAAGGAGCAGAUCCUGGAGCUGCUGGUGCUGGAGCAGUUCCUCACCAUCCUGCCCCGGGAGUUCUAUGCCUGGAUUCGGGAGCACGGCCUGGAGAGUGGCAAGGCCCUCGUGGCCAUGGUGGAGGACUUCACAGAGAGAGCACUGGAGGCCAAGGCGGUGCCAUGCCACAUGCAGGCAGAGCAGGAGGAGACGGCACUUUGCAGAGGCCCUUGGGAACCAGGUGUGCACCUGGGGCCAGUGGAGGUCAAGCCUGAGUGGGGCAUGUCCCAUGGGGAAGGAGUCCAAGGCCUAGACCAAGGCACCGAGGAGCAGCUCAAUCAGGACCCGGGAGCUGGGACGCAGGCCUUCCAGGAGCAGGCUCUGCCAGUUCUUCAGGCUGGUCCUGGUCUCCCCCCAGUGAACACCAGAGACCAAGAGAUGGCAGCGGGAUUCCUUACUGCUGGAUCCCAGGGCUUGGGACCAUUUAAAGAUAUUGCUCUGGCCUUCCCGGAGGAGUGGAGGCACGUGACCCCAGCUCAGAUAGACUGCUUUGGGGAGUACGUGGAACCACAGGACUGUGGGGCCUCAGCUCCAGACAUUGGGAGCAAGGAAAAGGAGGCCAAAACCCAGCCGACAGACCUCAAGGCGGCGCUUGCUCAGGGGACAUCAGAGAGGUUUGGGGAAGCUGCUCUCCAGAGCCCUGAGCUUGGAAGAAGCUGUGAGCAGGAGUCCGGCAGCUCUGUGGGAAACAUGCCAGGGCCGCUUCCUCCCCAGCAUGGCGUCCUUCCCCUGCCCGAUGACCUCAAGACCCACAGCUCCUUCUGGAAGCCUUUUCAGUGCCCCGAGUGUGGAAAAGGCUUCAGUCGGAGCUCAAAUCUCGUCAGACACCAGCGAACCCAUGAAGAAGAGAAAUCCUAUGGCUGCGUCGAGUGUGGGAAAGGGUUCACUCUGAGAGAGUACCUCAUGAAGCACCAGAGAACCCACCUGGGAAAGAGACCGUAUGUGUGCAGCGAGUGCUGGAAAACCUUCAGUCAGAGGCACCACCUUGAGGUCCACCAGCGGAGCCACACGGGGGAGAAGCCCUAUAAGUGUGGGGACUGCUGGAAAAGCUUCAGCCGCAGACAGCAUCUUCAGGUGCAUCGGAGGACACACACUGGGGAGAAGCCCUACACCUGUGAGUGCGGCAAGAGCUUCAGCAGGAACGCUAACCUGGCGGUGCACCGGCGAGCCCACACUGGGGAGAAGCCCUACGGGUGCCAGGUGUGUGGCAAACGGUUCAGUAAAGGGGAGCGGCUGGUCAGACACCAGAGGAUCCACACCGGGGAGAAGCCCUACCACUGCCCUGCCUGUGGGAGGAGCUUCAACCAGAGGUCCAUCCUCAACCGGCACCAGAAAACUCAGCAUCGACAGGAGAUGGCGGUGCAGUAAGCGUGCCCCGGGCACAUGCAUCCUUUUUGCUAAUGGAAGAUGCUGGAGACACUGGGACCUUCUGGCACCAUCAAGUGGAGGGAGACCUCACUGGAGGAUGUCAUUCGUGUUUACUCACUGAAGGGCUUUGGAGGGGAGCCUUGAGCGGUGCUGGGGUGCAGAAAGGCACUUUGACCCAUUUGCUUUCCACUUUUUCAAAAGGAAAAGGGCAAGGCCUGGUUUAUUUUGAGUUCCCAGAGAGCAUAGCUUCUCACGUCUCUUAGCCAAGUGGUGCUAACAAUUUUUCUUUCCAUCUUUUGGGGAAGUGAUAUCCUGAGUUUUGGUUCAGGUUGAGGUUUUUCUCCUUCAGUGGGAUGGUCAUAUCCGCCUCCUGAGCAAGUCUGAUAGUCAAGGCAAAAUUUUGUCAAUGUUGGCAGCUGAACUCAAUUUUUCUGAGGUCUGUAUCCUGCCUGCAAGGGAUACAGACUGUCUCCCUUCCUCCCCCACUCUCUUUUCCAUUUAACAAGUAUUUAUUGAACACCGGCUAUAGGCCUGGCGCUGGGAAGACCGUGGUCUUCUUGCUCCCCGAGCUUGUGACUUAGCACUGGAAGCACACACGGAGCCCUUCAUUGUCGUGUUCCAGGUUACGUUCGUGCUGAGCGCUGUGAGAGGGUGUUCUUCUCGUGCCCACUCAUUCUGCCCCGCCUGCUCACGUGCUGGAUCUUUCCCUUCCUAGUUGGGAUCACCCAGGGAGCCUCAUUUGUUUGUAGCCCCCUUUGUAACAUUCUACACUCAUCUGUAAAGCUUCCCCAUUCCAUUCCUUAUACUGUAACAACUGUCCAUACAUCUAUUAGGAAAUUAAUAUUUUGUUAUUGAACAACUGAAUAAACAUGAGACUAUUUUUAAAAACAUUCAGUUCUGUAUAAAGAUCUAAUUAAAUGAAUCUGAAGGGUGAACUAGUAUUAAUACUGUAUAUUUGAUGGCACUUCAGAGCAUAUAAAAUGCUUUUCUCUGUAUUUUCACUUGAUUCAUUCCCCAUGUUUCUUGAGGCCCAACAAUGUGCCAGGAACUCUUCUCGGUGCUCGAGGUGUCAGUGAAUACAACGGGGAAAAUCCCUGACCUUGUGCAGCUUACAUUUUAGUGAAUGUAUUUGAUCGUCAGAACCACCCAAGGUGGAACCCCUAGAUGCUCCCAUGAGCCCUCUGGACCUGGGACCUGAGUCUGACCUUGGUCCUGUCAGCUUCUUGCCCUGAGAUGCCUUUGCCACUUACCUUUUGUUACUGAAUAAUCUCCAUCCUCAAUGCAUCCAGAUCUUUGUCAUCUGAGAGGUGCUGGGGUCCUGAAUGCCAACUGGAGAUGACAAGAUGGUAGCAGUCUGUUGUGCAUGAGUACCAAAUAAAGUGUUUGCAGGUAUUUAAAAAAACGCAUUUCUUUAAAAUGAGAAGAUGCAGUAUUUGUAAUUGUUUAAGCUUUCUUAUAUUAUUUUGACCUCAGUAAAGGGUUUCCUUUCUGUUUGGAAUCCGGAGCCUGCAUAACUUGCAUGGACUGCACUGCAGGGUUGUAAUGCUGUGCCUCUGAACGCCAGCUGCUGAGUGAGUCUUUUGACAGUGUACUGUAAAUCAGUUUUUUUUUUGACAGUGUACUAUAAUUGCAAGAUGUGAUUUGUCUCAUGAUGCUUCUUAAUACGUAUUCCUUUACUGGAUUCCUCCCCGCCCCAUUUUCUAUUGUAAAUAAGAUAAAUGGUAAUGACUUUAACACAAAUAGUUGCAUUACUCAGUCCAUGUUGGAACACAUUAUUUUAUCACCCAUUACUGGUACGUAGCCAUGGUGUUUAAUUUGGAUUUAGCACGUGACCUCCUGGCCUCGCAGGUGUCCCCGCGAGGUUGCAGUAACCAGGACGUGUCUGCAACGGCCACUCUCUGAGGUGCUGGGCUGCUACUUCUCAGCAACAUUGAGGUUCAGAUGUAAAAUCAGCCUUUACUCCCACUUCCCAGACAAGCCCGGCAAAGUUUAUGGCCACCUGGCAGCCAAAGCCAAUGGAAGGCUUUUCCUAAGCCUCUGGCUUCUCGUCUGGAGGGCCUGGGGGCUGACCUGGCCUGAGUUUGGCUUUGUCUGAGAGGUCUGUGUUACAAAGCAGGGCGGGAGCGUGGGGCCAUCCAGGGCUGGGAGUUGCUCAUUCUUUCUGUUUACCUGAAUUAAAUUGGAGAUUCUUUUUGAUUAUACGCUGAGCCAAACAGGGCUCUGGGUUUUCAGUCGGUUGGACUCUCUUAAGAGAAGCUUUAGUGGGAGCCGGGCCUUGCUGUCUUUCCCACUUGAGCUCCCUUGCCUGCUUUGAGACUGAAGCUGAUGGAGGAUACCUCACAAUGCCUCAGAAGAGAAUUUUUUCCAUGGAACUAUAGUAGCCUUAUUUUUUUAUAUCUAGUCAAGUGUCAAAUAUUUUCUGUAUUUUUCUAUUUAGAGACUUUUUGUAAUAGAAAAGUUAAAACACGUAAACGAAUCCUCAUGUAUUCAUUCAACCUGAACCAUUAUAAACUCAGCUAAUCUUGCUUCGUCUCUACCCCAUCCUCCCCAUAGUCCUCACUCACUGAAGUAUUUUGAAGCAAAUCCCAAAUGUUGCUUAUAAAUAUUUCAGUGUGUACCUCUGAAGGGUAAGGACUCUAAAAAAAAUAACCACACUAUUAUACCUAAAAAAUGAACUGUUCCUUAAUUCCCAAUUAAUACUUUUUUAAAAACCCACAUACGUUUUAGAAGCUUCUUUAAGAUUCAAGUAAGAUCCAUAAAUUGUAAUUUGUUGCUUUGUCUUCUAAGUCUAAUAAUCUAUACUGCCUGUGCUUUUUUCCCCUUGGAAUUCAUUCAUGGAAACAACUAGAUUAUUAUCCUGUAGAGUUUCUUAUAGUCUGAAUUUUGUUGUUUGCAGACCCAUGGCAUUAUUUAAUAUGGUUCUCUGCCCUUUGUAUUAACUAAAAAGUUACAGGUCUAGACGUGUAACCAGAUUCAUAUUUCACAUUUUGGCAAGACCAUACAGAUGGUGGCAAGUGUGGUUGUUUCUCAUUAUAUAAUGUUAGUUGCCUAUCCAUUUAUUUCAUUAAUUCUGUGAAUGAUUAUUUAUUAGCUGGAAUGCUCCUCU